GUGUGUAUAUGCGAAGAUCAAGACGAAAAAUGCGCGCACAUCCAGCUGUGAGAGGCUACUGCCUACUGGUUUUUUGGUUUGGAAAGGCAUUGGAGAGGUGUUUUGCCUUUGGCUUCUUUGUUUCCACACAUGCUUAGGACGACUAGGUGUCUAAUUUCAUGAAGUAAUAGUUGUCGCCAGCUGUGAGUUAGUUUGUGUUGAAGCACAAACAGAAUAGGCCCCUGCUGUGGACGAAAGGUUAUUCCGGCUUCUGGAAGGAUAUUCCCUGUCAUCGACGCUCGUUUUUUAUUUACCAAGCUUCGGCCUGUCUGCUAAUCACGCUCCAAACCGAAAGCUCCCCGAGUCCUUUUAUUUAUUUUUAAUUCUUGUGUAUCUUGGAGUUGCUGAACAGUCAUGACGGAAUACAAGCUCGUCGUUGUCGGAGCUGGUGGUGUUGGCAAAAGCGCUCUAACUAUCCAGCUCAUUCAAAACCACUUCGUUGACGAGUAUGAUCCCACCAUUGAGGAUUCCUACCGAAAACAAGUGGUCAUCGAUGGAGAGACAUGCCUUCUGGACAUUCUUGACACCGCCGGCCAGGAAGAAUACAGUGCUAUGCGUGAUCAGUACAUGCGAACUGGAGAAGGCUUCCUUCUCGUCUUCGCUGUCAAUAGUCAACGCUCUUUCGAGGAUAUAAACAGCUAUCGCGAGCAGAUUUUGCGGGUGAAAGAUGCUAGUGAGACUGAUGGUGUUCCCAUGAUCUUGGUCGGCAAUAAAUGCGAUUUGCCCAAGAGAGAGGUGGACACAAAGACGUCAGUCGGAGUCGCUAAGAACUACAUGAUUCCAUUCAUUGAGACAUCUGCCAAGACAAGACAGGGAGUUGACGAUGCUUUCUACAAUCUAGUUCGCGAGAUCAGAAAAUAUAAAAUCAAGAUGGGUGAUAAGCCGGCCAGGAAGAAGAAGAAGGGGUGUCUGCUUUUGUGAUCAGCUCUGCUGUUGUUGCUGCUGCUGCACAAGGUGCUCGUGUCGUCUCCGCCCGCCCCUCAUGUUACUGCUCUUCUCGGCUGACAGUUGCCCUGCAAUGGGCGGCACAUCUGGGCUGGGCCGCGUCGCGCCGCCUGCACUGCUGGGCCUUGCUACUCGGCAUUUCCACCGUGCUGUUCCAAAGUGGACAAUCAUCUCUCGGUGAUGGUGGUACCAUGACCGUGAUUCGUCAAGGACUUCUUCGCGACGCUGCCUCUUUGCGGCGGCUAGCGGAGGCUUGGUGACGCGCUUUCUUGAUCUGUGGCCGUUCUCAUGUUUUGUGAUUCAUUGGAUGAUCACACAUGUUUGUGUACGCUGGCCCCGGGCCCCUGCUACAUGCUGGCUGCUGCUGCGGCGCCGUUUUGCACUUGGAACACAUCCACCAUGUGGCACCGCUAGAGAGUUGCCUCCGCUACAACAAACACACUGUCCCUGCUUUUGUGAAAGCAGUUGACGCACACCCACUCUAAGUCACAUCGUCUAUGUGUGCGUAAGCUGCACAGCUGCACUUUUCCUUCCAUAAAUGUAUCCACAUAUAAUCCACAGUGCUCCAAAGUUUCAGAGUACUCAGAGUUGUCAAACAAAAUUAUUUCAAAUACAGUGAAAUUGUUCGUGGACAUUAUAGCGUAACUAAUUUUUUUACUUGUAGUUCCCUGGUCCUUUUCUUUGCUACUUCUUUGAAGUAUAAAUUAAUCCUUUGCUCUCUA